UGUUAAAAACGUUAAAUUUGUACCUUAAAAGUGAAACGCUGCGAUAAAACAAUCAAUAAAGUGUACUUUUCUAUAGCUCAUUCGACGCGCCUAAUUGACCUCUAGUGGACAGUGGUUAUUCUGGAUUUUUCUAACGUUGAUUCGCGAAGUUAUAGUAACUUUUUGCAAAACCACGUGGCCACGUGGUUUCUGUUCCCGACGCGCUAGGACUAAGAUUACAUAUCACAUGAAAGACCUAAUUGAAAUAAGAACACUGAUAUAUUGAUCCUAUAAAUCGGUUAAGCGUAACACUAAAUAGAAACGAAAUAUAAAGAUGUCGGACAAAAACAUAAUAGAUAAAAAAUUGUCAGGAAAAAAAUCUUCAGACAAAAAACCUUCACCGAAAUCGACUUCGCUGCAAAAUGCACCAUCCUUCAAGCCAAAAAAACCAACCUCAUCAGUACACGGCGGCCCUAGUGUGCGCAGGGAAAAUAUCUCAAUAGGUACACAAUCUUGCACCGCACCUAAGCGACUGGCCUGUACAACCGACGCCCCUAGAGAAGAUAACUCGAGUGGGGGAUCCCCCACUCCAACGCAAGAGCUUCAGGGCACUGCUGAAGAGUGGUCAGACGCCGAUAGCGCAUUAAGCGCACGAGCGAGCAUUUUACCUUUUACGGAAAAAAGUCCAGGCAUAAACAUAGACUCGGCCACACAACGGGCAAACGAAUACUUGCAGCUAGGCAAAAAUGCCCUAGAGAAGGCGGGCAAUAUGAAAAAAGAGUGCAAGACUGAAGCAAACGAUUGUCUCCAAGGAUUGUAUGAGAUUGUCCUCUGCCUGACCGAAUCGCGAGCAAGGUUGAUGGUUGCUCUCGAACAAGAAAAAGGGAAAGCCGCAAGAGAGCUUGUACAGUGUGAGAGGGCCCAUUCUAAAGAACUCACAGCUAUACAAAAUAAUCUUGCUGACAAGCUCAAAGCCCUCGAGGAAAACACAGCAUGCUCUCUCAAAACAGCUGAGCAAAUUAAAAACUGGCUUAAUCUUGAACUAGCCGGACCUUUAAAAACAAUAGCCAAUACCUACUGCGAGUUGAAGGAGCUCUCUGCUCGACCACUUCCCGCAACCAUAGUUAAGGAAAGAAUUUUUCAUGCGUCAGGGGCGGCCGGGCCCCAAUCCACCAAUAUUCAGCUCGGCGAACUGGCCACGAAAAUGGAGACUGUCCUGGAGCAGCUAUGUAGCAUUAGAGUGGAUAUUGAGCGAUGGCAUGGCCCCAAAGAAGUUAGGCCACAGCUUCCUGCACUAGAAUAUCAGCCGACAGCACCUCCAACACCUAACCUAGAAGACACCAUCAACAAAUUGCAAAAGGAAGUAUCCGACAUAAAUCACUACUUCAUAACACACCAAUCCAUGAUUUCCUCAACCAAGUCCCGAGACUCCAUUAAGCUGCUUACCCAACAAACAAUUGAGGAAUCGCUCGCCCCUGUUCUUACUCAUUUCGAGGAAGCUAAAAAAGAGAGAAUGGAACUUAGAGAUAUAUUACAAGCUCGCUUACAUAGUAAUGAAAGGUCUAAUGUUCUUGACUCGGAGAUCAUGCUCACUGAAAUAAGGCAACAGCUAUCAGACCUCUCGUCGCGUCCUGUUCAAGUGGUAUCCCCUGCAACGAAUUCAGGACCGGAUAAGGAUGAUAGUAGUCAGCCAAAUGCAGGGUUUCGACCUGAGCACGAACGCUCUUACGCUCAAGUGACUCGCAGAGCGCCACCGGUCCCGAGAUACAACGUCUUGGUCGAAUCGCUGGACCCACGUCAUACGUCCGAUGACAUCGUUCAGAAAUUAAAAGCCAGCGUUAAUGUCGUGGACCGAGGCAUUGGAGUAUCAGCAAUAAGAAGAUCAAAAAACCAACGCGUAAUCGUCAGCUGCGAAUCCGAAGUGGAACAGAGAAGCUUUAGUGAAGCUCUCAGGCAAGCUGAUGAAACCUUGUCGGCUAAACAACUGCCCAACAAGCCACCGUUAUUGAAGUUAAUCGGGCUUGCAAAAGAUCUUAAUGAUGCGCAAGUGGUCGAAGCAUUACUCAAACAGAAUAGAUCUCUAAUCGAUAACAUACCAGUCGAACAACGAUAUAUAAAGAUUUUAAAGCGCACUAAAGGAAGGAACGAUAUACUCACCAACGUAAUCAUGGAAGUCGACCCUAAAAUGUGGAGGACCUUGUUGGAUCAGAGGGUGAGAGUUGGGUUCCAGGUGCUUGUAGCACGCGACCAAUCGCCGAUCAUACAAUGCUACAAAUGUUUAGGCUACGGGCAUAUGGCCAGAGUUUGCACAGGUUUACUUACCUGCGGGUAUUGUUCAGACCACCAUGACACGCGGGACUGCCCCAGAAGGGAUGGACCGCCACAAUGCAAUAAUUGCUUCAGGGAUGGAAAUACGUCAGCGCCACAUCAUCCGGCAUAUAGUGCGGAAUGCCCCUUAUGGCAGAAAUGGGAUAGGAUUGCUAGAUCUAGAGUAAAUUAUUGUUAACGAAUAGGGCAUGGACAAUACCUACUCAAG